AUGGACAAUGGAACAGCGAUCCCCGAGUACGAAGAGGGCGACUAUGGGGAUUACAGUAUGUCGGAGCCCUGUCAUAACAUCGAAGUGAGACAAAUGGCGGCCCAGCUCCUGCCCCCGCUCUACUCGCUGGUGUUCAUCUCUGGGUUCGUGGGCAACAUGCUGGUGGUCCUGACCCUGAUCAACUGCAAAAAGCUCAAGAGCAUGACUGACAUCUUCCUGCUCAACCUGGCUGUCUCCGACCUGCUCUUCCUGCUCACCCUGCCCUUCUGGGCCCACUACACCGCAAGUGAGUGGAACUUGGGAAAUAACAUCUGUAAGUUCUUGACAGCCCUCUACUUUAUGGGCUUCUUCUCCGGGGUCUUCUUCAUCGUCCUCCUGACAAUGGACAGGUACCUGGCCAUCGUCCAUGCCGUGUUUGCUUUAAAAGCCAGGAAGGUCACCUUUGGGGUGGCGACCAGCGGGGUCACCUGGGUGGUGGCUGUGAUGGCCUCUCUCCCUGGAAUCAUCUUCACCCGAUCCCAGAAGGAAGGGCCUCGCUAUACGUGCAGCUUGUAUUUCCCACCGGACCAGUAUCACCUCUGGAAGUAUUUCCAGACGGUAAAGAUCACCAUCCUGACCCUGGUCCUGCCCCUGCUCAUCAUGAUUGUCUGCUACUCGGGGAUCCUGAAAACCCUGCUUCGGUGUCGCAAUGAGAAGAGGAAGCACAAGGCCGUGAGGCUCAUCUUCGCCAUCAUGAUCAUCUACUUCCUUUUCUGGGCCCCCUACAUCAUCGUCCUGAACUUGACCACCUUCCAGAGCUUCUUCGGCUUGGAAAACUGCAUUAGCGCCAGCCGGCUGGACCGAGCCAUGCAGGUGACGGAGACCCUCGGCAUGACCCACUGCUGCAUCAACCCCAUCGUCUACGCCUUCAUCGGGGAGAAGUUCAGAGGGUACAUCUGCACGUUCUUUCGAAAGCACAUCGCCAAACGCCUCUGCCAGCGCAGCCGGGUCUUCCAGCGGGAUGUGUCCGAGCGCACGACCUCUGUGUAUACCCGAUCCACAGGCGAGCAGGAGAUCUCAACGGGACUGUGAGCUGGGCACAGCGAUGCC